AUGGGCCUACUGUGGACCCCACUCUCCCUUUUGCUCUUCUUGCUUGGGAAGCCUGCCAGGACCACCCCAACUGUCCAGAAUCUGGGAGAUGGAAAGAGAACCGCAGAGGGGCCUGGAAGAGAUAUACCCGUUCCCCCAUGCCCACCCUGUGGCCACCCGGCCCUGCUUCUUCCUGCAGACCCCAGGGGACUGGAAGCCAGCAAAGUGGUCCUCCUGCCCAGUUGUCCUGGAGCCCCAGGAAGUCCCAGAGAGAAAGGAGCUGCAGGCCCUCAAGGGCAACCUGGACCACCUGGCAAGAUGGGCCCCAAGGGUGAGCCUGGUGGACCCAUCUCUCCUUCCCCAGGCCCCAGAAACUGCCAGGAGCUGCGGAGCCGGGGUGCCACGUUGAGCGGCUGGUACCGUCUAUGCCUACUCGAGGGCAGAGCCCUCCCAGUUUUUUGUGACAUGGACACCAACGAGGGCGGCUGGCUGGUGUUCCAGAGGCGACAGGAUGGGUCCGUGGAUUUCUUCCGCUCUUGGUCCGCCUACAAAGCAGGUUUUGGGAGCCAGGAGUCUGAAUUCUGACUGGGGAAUGAGAAUUUGCACCAGCUCACUGUUCAGGGUACCUGGGAGCUGCGGGUGGAGUUGGAGGACUUCACUGGCAACCACACCUUUGCCCGCUAUGAGUCUUUCCGCCUCCUCUGGGAGGCAGAUCACUGCCAGCUGGUGCUGGGCAAGUUCUCGGAGGGCACUGCAGGAGACUCCCGGAGCCUCCACAACGGGAAGCCCUUUACCACCUACGAUGCUGACCACGAUACGAGCAAGAGCAACUGUGCCGUGACUGUCCACGGUGCCUGGUGGUACAGAUCCUGCUACCGGUCCAAUCUCAACAGGCGUUACGCAACGUCUGAGGCCGCCGCUCACAAGUAUGGCAUCGACUGGGCCUCAGGCCGGGGCGUGGGCCACCCUUACCGCAAGGUUCACAUGAUGCUUCGCUAGGACACCGUGGCAGCCAGCACCCUUAUCUAUCCUGUACAGCUUCCGGACCGAGGGCUACACUCCCCAUUGCCAAACGCCUCUGCUCCCCUGUCCACGUUUAAAAAUAAAAUCACUUUAACCCUU